AAAUUAUGUGAAAAAGUAUGUGAGUUAUUGAUAGAGGAAGGAAAUAUCCAACCUGUGUCAUGUCCAGUAACAGUGUGUGGUGAUAUCCAUGGUCAGUUUUAUGACUUGGAAGAAUUAUUCCGGACGGGAGGGCAAGUUCCAGACACCAACUACAUCUUUAUGGGUGAUUUUGUAGACCGUGGAUACUACAGUUUAGAAACGCUAACUCGCCUCCUUUCCCUCAAAGCAAAAUGGCCACACAAGAUCACACUCCUCAGGGGCAACCACGAAUCGAGACAGAUAACGCAGGUCUAUGGUUUUUACGAUGAGUGCCAAAACAAAUAUGGAAAUGUAAAUGCAUGGAAGUACUGCUGUAAAGUCUUCGAUCUACUUACCAUAGCAGCUAUAAUUGAUGAUGAAAUAUUAUGUGUUCAUGGAGGAUUGUCACCAGAAAUCAACACACUAGAUCAGAUAAGAACUAUAAAUCGUAAUCAAGAGAUUCCUCACAAAGGGGCUUUCUGUGACUUAGUAUGGAGUGACCCUGAAGAAAUCGAGUCAUGGUCCAUGUCUCCUCGAGGAGCAGGUUGGCUCUUUGGCGCCAAAGUCACCCACAAGUUUACGGAGACCAAUAAGUUAAAACUCAUUUGUAGAGCACAUCAACUUGUCAAUGAAGGUAUCAAGUAUAUGUUUGAUGCUAAACUGGUCACUGUCUGGUCAGCACCAAACUACUGUUAUAGAGCUGGAAAUGUGGCUUCUAUAUUGGCCUUCACAUCAGCAAAUGAAAAACAUGCGAAGUUGUUUGAUGCCGUGCCAGAUGAUAAGAGAGUGAUUCCUCCUGUUCAUACGACUCCUUACUUCCUCUGAAGUAAGCAUUAAUGCUAACAAAUGUGUAUGUGUCAUUGUCAGCAUACAUAUUGCCCUUGCCUCCCUGUGUGAAUGGUUAGUAGGUAUGAAUUUUCCCUUGUCCACUUUCCAGUAAUUGGUUCUCAUGAAUGCUUUGAAAUUGUUGGCUUUAAUAACUUUUAAAAGUGCAGCCAGCUGCUCUGACCAUAGAAUUGCACAUAUUCACCUUGUUUUUCUGUUAUGAGGAUGGAGUGCAUAAAUAGACAUUUAGGUUGGCCCAAAAUUUGGCAACAUAUAAAUGUCUACUUAGAUAUCAUGCUACUUUUCAUUGGGAAAUUCUCUGCCUAAGAGUUCAUGUAGACAAAGGUCUUACAGUAUGACCUAAGAGGGUGGCUAACUUACCAGGUGUCUAUGUAAGGCUUUACUGACGUGCCUUGAUGCUUGGAUCAGGAGGGAUAUUGACUUUUCGAGUUGUGACGGUUUGUAUUGUGCCAGUUACUGUAUUGAACCAUUUCAGACACUUUACAUUAUUUUCACUUUUUAUUUUUUUUAUUUUUUAAAAAUAUAUUUCCCCUUUUGCCAAUUUACAAUGAAAUGACAAUAUUAGCCUACUUGAGGAAUUUAUUGAGCUCCUAUUUAUGAGGGAAGAAUGUUCAUUGUUACUUAAUGGUGCUGAUCAUAAUGAUGCUAAGAUAGGAAUUUUUGUUUUGUACUUUUUUAUGCUGUCAACUCCCAACGAAAAGUUUUGAGCCAGUAUGCAAUAUCUUGUGUCAUAUAAGAAAAUAAAAAUCUUGUUGCUUUAAUUGUCUGUAUUCAACUGUGAUUUAUUGUAGAUGGUUCAUAUUUUGUAGAUCUUCAACUUGCUUCUUGUAGCCUCAGAGUAAAUUAUUGACAGUAAAAUGAUUAGUUGAGAGUGGGAACCAACUUCUGGUUUUACAGUUAUUGAUUUUAUAGCUUGUAUAUAGUUAAAAGGAUGGGCAGGGAAUACACUGUUAUGGCUCAACUGAACUGUAGUUACUGGUUAAAAAGUAUUAAUUGGGAGCUUCACGGUUACCUCUGCGUGAUCUCUGUUUUGUGAUGGUGUUAAAGGAUAACUGACAGCAUGUUUUUCUUUUUUUUUUCUCUUUUUUUUUUUUUUUCUCUCUUUUUCUUUUUCUUUUUUUAAAGGUGAGUUUGACAGAUAAAUGUCACUUGAUGUUUGACAGUGAUACAAGCACAAAGAUAUAUAUAUAUAGAUACAUAUAUAUUAUGGCGAUCAUAUUUAAAUAUGAUCUGUCUUACAGGGUCCUGCAUGUUAGGCAGGUUGGGUACUUUAUUGAUCAUUCCUUUUGUAUGUAACAAGCACAUUUUUGUUAGUUUCCAGAGCAGUAAGUUUCACUGUCAUACACAUCAGGACCUACAGUGUCUAGUUUGGUAUGGUGCAACAAAAGCCUUAUGUAUUAUUUGAUUGUGGCUGUAAGUAGUUAGGUUGGCAAAGAAUUUUAUGUUACGUAAUAUGACAAAAGACAUCUUGGGAAGAUUUGGGUAGAGAAAGAAAUGGUUAAGCAAUUGUUUAAUUUGUCAAAUUUUCAUGUUGAAGGCAUUCAGAGGAAGAAAAUGUCAGGUUUUUUUUAUAUAUCAAAGACAAGUUUUAUUUAGAAAGAAAGGGUAACCUCAGUACAGUUGUUUUAUUCAUUUGAUAGGAGGCCUUAUUAAUUCUGCCUUUAUGAAGAAUUUGUAGGAAAUCAUGUUAUUACAGCAUUACAUGCUAAAACCUAACAGCUGUUGUAUGAUAAUCUCAAGUGAAUUUAGCUAAAUAGUAAAUGAAGAGCAUGUGUGCUUAAGAAAGAAUAAUAAUGUUUCCUGGUGACAAGAGGAGUCAUUUAUAUGCAUUGUUGGCCCCAAAUCAUACAGUGUAAACCAUAGCAUUUUAAUUACUUAUAUUGUUAGUUACUUGUUAUGUUGCUGGGUGUAGUAGUGUUAGAGUUGUCAAACAGAUAGAUGUCAGUUACCCUCUAAGACCCCCACACACUUUUAAUUUAGACGGAGAUGUAUCAUCAACUGACUGUUACUGUGAUGUCAACAUUACCUGUGUAUUCUAGUUAUACUCAACAUAUUCCCAAACCCAACAGUAGUCUGUGAUUGUCGGAAGGCAUAUUAAACAAACGUUCGUGAUACAAAAAUUUCUUAAUAAAAGCUUUUGAUAUGCUCUUGAAACUUUUCUUCAUUCACACCUUUGUUAAUGUGGAGUAUGUAAAGCUUGUAUUAAUUACAGAUUUUUAAUAUUUUAUUUUGUAGCCUAAGGGAUGAAGGCACAAGAGGUACAAAAUACUUUUUUUUCUUGUAGGGAACCAAAGACAGAAACAUAUGGCAAUGACAACUUUCAGAGGAGUCUAAGACCUAUUUAUAUGCAUGGUACUCUCAUUGUUAUUGUUCUCUGGGAUGUGUUGAUAAAAGUUUGGUCUCUUGUUUGACAGUUGUAUAAAUGCAGAUAUUUAUGGAUGUAAUUUUAUUUUCUGGGUUCAGUUGUUCCUGUAUCAUUGUUUAUAAUAAAAUUGGAUAAAAAGUUAUGGACUUGUUCACAGAUUUAGCAUUUUCAUUUAUUUUUUUUUUUCUUUUUCUUUUUCUUUUUCAAAUUGUUAGUAGUGCUUUGAAACACCUUUCACAUUUGGCAUGGUACUGAGAACAGGUUUUGAAAUGAACAUCAUCAACAGAACUCUACAAUGAGUGACAUUUAGUUUUUGCUGAAAGGUAUUUUAUGUAGUCUUAGCCAUGUAGUCUCUGUUGCCAUAUAGCAACUAUAGGUCUCAGUUGUAUUUCACUCUUAAUUUGUAUGUUCCUAUACCAAAAUAAUCCUGUGAUGAAGAUUCUGAUUGUGGCUAGAAUAAACAUCUGUAAAUACUAUGAACAAUCCAGAAAAUAUCCCUCAGAGUGUAAAAAUCUUAUGUAAAAUAAAAUGGUUUCCAGAUA